CGCUCCAUCAGUCCACGAGUGUGUGUCGCCACCAUCCAAAAAUAAUUCAUAAAAGCACCUAAAAAUCGUAUAAAUAAAUCAACAAUCUAACAAUAGAAGUGCUCGAGCAAAUUGUCGAUUGAUUGAAAAAAAAGUGAAAAUGUCAAUGAGCGAUAUAGAUCAUGAGAAGAAGAAACAAAUAUCGGUUAGGGGUAUCGUUGAUGUUGUGAAUGUUGGAAAUAUCAAGAAGGCUUUCAACCGGCAUGUUCAUUAUACCCUUGUGAAGGAUAGAAAUGUCGCCACAAGCAGAGAUUAUUAUUUUGCAUUGGCACACACUGUCAAGGAUAAUCUCGUCUCGAGGUGGAUCCGCACACAGCAGCAUUAUUACGAGAAUGAUCCUAAGAGAGUCUACUACCUCUCCCUGGAGUACUACAUGGGCAGAACUCUUCAAAAUACGAUGAUCAAUCUGGGCAUCCAGGGGGCAUGUGAUGAAGCAAUGUAUCAGAUGGGUCUCGAUAUCGAAGAGCUGGAAGAACUCGAGGAAGACGCAGGUCUGGGUAACGGUGGUCUAGGUCGUCUGGCCGCCUGUUUUCUCGACAGCAUGGCCACCCUGGGCCUAGCCGCCUACGGUUACGGCAUUCGCUACGAGUACGGUAUCUUCGCGCAAAAGAUAAAGAACGGCGAGCAGUUGGAGGAGCCCGACGACUGGCUGCGCUACGGCAAUCCCUGGGAGAAAGCCCGUCCCGAGUUCAUGCUCCCCGUGAACUUUUACGGUCACGUUAUCGACACCCCAGAAGGUAAAAAAUGGGUGAACACCCAAGUGAUCUUUGCAAUGCCCUACGACUCUCCAAUUCCUGGUUACAAGAACAAUCACGUGAACACCCUUCGUCUCUGGUCGGCAAAAUCUCCAAUUGAAUUCAACCUGAAGUUCUUCAACGACGGCGACUACAUCCAAGCAGUUUUCGACAGAAAUCUGGCUGAGAACAUCAGCAAAGUCCUCUACCCCAACGACAACUUCUUCGAAGGCAAGGAACUCCGGCUGAAGCAAGAGUACUUCAUGGUGGCAGCCACCCUCCAAGACAUAAUCAGACGCUACAAAUCCAGCAAAUUCGGCUCUCGCGAUCACCACAGAACCGACUUCGAGCAAUUCCCAGACAAGGUAGCUAUACAACUGAACGACACUCAUCCAUCCCUAGCCAUUCCCGAGUUGAUGCGAGUGCUUGUCGACGUGGAGGGCCUCCCUUGGGAGAAGGCCUGGAACAUAACAACUCGCACCUGUGCCUACACCAACCACACAGUCCUCCCAGAGGCCCUGGAACGCUGGCCAGUAUCAAUGCUCCAGAGUAUUCUCCCCCGUCACCUCGAGAUCAUCUACCACAUUAAUUUCCUCCAUCUCCAAGAGGUUGGAGCGCGAUACCCUGGCGACUUUGAUCGCCUUCGAAGGAUGUCCCUCAUUGAGGAGGACGGCGACAAACGAGUGAACAUGGCGCAUCUGUCUAUCGUUGGGUCACACGCCAUCAACGGAGUUGCCAGAAUUCACUCAGAGAUACUCAAGGACUCGGUCUUCAGGGAAUUCUACGAAAUGCAUCCUGAAAAAUUCCAGAACAAGACCAAUGGCAUAACCCCGAGGAGAUGGCUCUUGCUCUGCAAUCCUAAUCUUUCUGAUGUCAUCGAGUCGAAGAUUGGCGCUGACUGGGCUGUUCAUUUGGAGCAGCUUCAGCAGCUGAAGAAGUGGGCGAAGGAGCCCAAUUUUCAGAGAUCUGUGGCUAAAGUCAAACAGGAGAACAAGCUGAGGCUGGCUGAACUACUCGAGAAGGAUUAUGGGGUCAAGGUGAAUCCUGCUUCUCUCUUCGAUAUCCAAGUGAAGAGAAUUCACGAGUACAAAAGACAGUUGUUGAAUUGUCUGCACAUUAUCACGUUGUACAAUCGAAUUAAGAAGAAUCCCUCGGCUCCAUUCGUCCCGAGGACCAUUAUGAUAGGGGGAAAGGCAGCACCUGGCUAUCUUCUCGCUAAGAAGAUCAUCAAGCUCAUCUGCAGUGUUGCUCAGGUCGUUAACAACGAUCCCAUUGUUGGUGACAAGCUCAAGGUCAUCUUCUUGGAGAACUAUCGAGUGACACUGGCUGAGAAAAUCAUCCCAGCUGCUGAUCUCAGUGAGCAGAUAUCGACUGCUGGCACUGAGGCCUCUGGCACUGGAAAUAUGAAGUUCAUGUUGAAUGGUGCUUUGACCAUUGGAACUCUGGAUGGAGCUAAUGUUGAAAUGGCUGAGGAAAUGGGGAAUGAGAAUAUAUUCAUUUUUGGAAUGACUGUCGAUGAGGUGGAGGAGUUGAAGAGACGUGGGUACAAUGCUUGGGAUUAUUAUAAUAAAUUGCCAGAGGCCAAGCAGUGUCUUGAUCAGAUCACUGGGGGCUUCUUCAGCCCUAAUAAUCCUGAUGAGUUCAAGGAUAUUGGGGAUGUUCUCAUGAAGUGGGACAGAUUCUAUCUGCUGGCGGAUUAUGAGGAUUAUAUCAAGACUCAGGAUAGGGUCUCCAAGGUCUAUCAGGAUACCACCAAGUGGGUGGAAAUGGCUAUUCAUAAUAUCGCGAGCUCUGGGAAAUUUUCGUCGGAUAGGACGAUUGGGGAUUAUGCCACGGAGAUCUGGGGGGUUGAGCCUUCGUGGAAGGCACUGCCUGACCCUCAUGAGCCUAGGGAUGUUUAAGGGAGGCUCAUUUGGGAGUCUUGUUGAGGCUGGGAGGGCUGAUGUUUGAGAGAUUGUUGAUUUUGAUUUUGAUUUUUUGGGGUGAGAAGGAGCUUGGAGAAUAUCUUGAGAACUCAGGGGUUGAGAAAAGAAUGUUGAGAGAAUUUUUGCUGCUGGUUAAGUUCUCUGCAAAAGGGGUCAAUUUAAAUUUCUCUUUGAAUUUCUCGUGCGUUUAGGGGUGUUUGCAAAAUUGUAAGAAAAACCGUUUUUGAUUAUUUCGAAAUCUUGGAAAAUUCUGUAGCCAUAAUUUUGCAAAUAUCUUGGGAACUAUUGGAUUUAGAGAAAAAUGUUGAGAAACUUUUGUGCAGCUUGUGAAAUUCUCUACAGAAAUUAUUUUCGUCUCAAUCUACUAGUUCAACAAUGUUUUUAGGUUAAUGUGUUUUUGAUAAUUUUCGUCCAUUUUCUUAAUUGAAAAUGAAUUGUAAAUUACAGCUGAAUCAUUUUUCCAACUGCCUGCAUUAGUAUUGGCAUUUCUCCUCCUUCUCCAGGCCACUUUGCGGUUCUCGGCUAUUUUAACGUUCACAAUGAAUUAAAACAAAAAAUCCAUUUACUUUUGAAUUGUAAAUUAUUUCAACUGGGUUCAACGGUAACUCUCUUACAUCGUCACUGAUAAACAUCGAAAAUAAUCUCAGUAAUUCUAUACUUCGUUUUUAAAUUCAUCAACAUGAAUGCAGUUUAAACGUCUAUUGAUGAUAACAUUAUCAGCUCACAUUUUUCUUCGCACAAUUGAGAUUUUCAUGCCAAAGUUCAACGCUCAUCGCGACAAUUACAAAUGUGUUCCGUGAGAUUUACUAAAAUAAAAGAAAAGUUUUACAGUCUGUUGAAUAAAAUUGUCCGAAGUUUAGAGAAAAGUAUUCGUUAUAUACAAUAUUUUUUUAAAAUACUCCAAUCAAUAAUAGAGGAAAGGUACAAAGAAAUGAUGAGGAUUUAUUGUUACAUGAGAGAUCUAUGACAGGUGAUAAAUUAAUUUAUAUGAUAAUGCCUAAUAUACAGUCAUUGAUGACUUUAAAUUCAGAAUUGAUGAUCGAUGAUAUUUCUGUAUGUUGUUAAUGCUUUGUGCCAUCUGUCAAGUUUUUUAUGGGUGGCCUGUUAGAACAAAUAUAUGCAUUGCCGACAGUUUA